CAAAGCAAAACUUCACGUGGAAAAAUAACUAUGGUGUUGACUAAAGCUUACCUCAGAUAUGUACAAUCCGCUUGUUUUGGUGUUGUUUGCAGUCUGAAGGCCAACGUUGUCUUCAUCAGGAAAAGGACUGGCAACUCAAAGGAGCAAGUCAUCCAAUAUGCAGCAUGCCCGGCGCUUGAGAGCGUCAUUGUUUGGGAUGUCAGGAGAGGUGAAAAGGCAAGUGUGAAAUAAGUUUGAAGUCCUCGCUCGGCCGAGAUGCAGUCGAACCCCGUUAAUAAAGCCACUGAGUCGACCAUAGAAAGUGUCGGUUUUAUCAGGGUGUCCGUAUUAAGAGGGUCAAGUUUAAAAUAUACCUUUUUGUGGGCUAUACAACAAAUUACAUGUACCUAAUUUGAACAAAAUUGGAAUACACGUUUCAACCUUUUUUUCAAACCACAUUAUGAAGCCAUUGGUAUCACAGUAUCACAGUUUGAGAAAAAUGCAGUUUCGAAGUCAAUAAAAUUUUGAUCUGACGUCCAAUUUCUUCUAAUUUCUUUAAACAAUCUUCAUUUUUUUAUUUUAUUUAUUACCUCUUAUUUGUCUUAUGUAUCGGUCAAAUCGAAGCUUCAACAUGCCCCCCCCGGGCAACCCCCCAGGCAUUUGACUUUUUUGAAAACUAUUGUUCAAAUUCCCCCCUACCCGGGCCAAAAUGCCUUUCAAAUGCCCCACACAGGUGAUCAAAUGCCCCCACCCCGGGGACAUUUCACGGGCACAAAAAUGACAGAAGGAUGGCAGAAACGCCUUCAGUUGUCUAACAAAAUCUUUAUAAAUAUAACAAAAACUGAGCAACACUGCUAGCGUAUUUACUACGAACAAAAGUCUUGUGCAAUGCGGCGGAAAUCGCUGCUACAAGGUCACUGAAUGCUCAGCUUUUCUUCGUCAUGCAACAUACAAAGCGUUCUAUAAAAAAAGAUCCCACCUAUUGAGAUUACUACAUCAUGACCAUUUUACUGACAUGGAUCAUCGCUCACCUUAUUAAUUAACAUACUUACAGUGGGUCAAAGUAGUUGACCGUCUUAUUUUAUUUUAUUUUAUUUUACGUUGUUGUACUGAAUCGCCGGUAUAGGUAUUGUACUUCAUUGUAAAAACAACAAUAAAAUACAUUCAUACAUUCAAAGCCUGAAUCCAGUAUUAAAAAUUUUAAAAUUUAAAUACUUCAAAUAUGGCACAAAGCUUGUUUAAGCCCUUUCCUCGAAACCAAUUCGCCACAAAGGCACAAUCUUUUCCACGAAAACACCGCGUCCCCCAUGAUAGCUCGCCACGCCAAAGAUUUUACAUGAAAUCGAGGGUGCAGUUCAAAUUCCCGACCCCUAAAGCAUGGGGAUCAAAUUCCCCAUCCCCUGGAAGACUUUGAUGAUCAAAUUCCCUCCUCCCCGGGACGGCAAAGGUGUCAAAUGCGCGGGGUAUCCCGGGGGGCAUGUUGAAGCUUCGAUUUGACCGAUACAUUAGGCCUCCAGUGACAUGUAAUCUUUUUUGUAAAAUUUUACUUUAGUGUUUGCAAAAUAAAUUUAACAGGUUGCUAUGCUCAAGGGUGACAAACAUGAGGUGACGGCUCUACAAGUCAGCCCUGACCAACAAGUUUUAGCUGUUGGGUAAGGCAUGUACAUGUAAUAUUAUUUAACUUACCAGGAAAAUCACCAAGGUUUCAAGUUGCUGGUUAUAUACAAUUUUAUAACAUAACAAAAGCAAACCGCGCGCUCGAUUGGUCAGUUAGCCACUACCAUUUGCCCGUGGGUGCACGCCAAGAAACUGAGCUAGCGCGGUAAAAUUUAGGCAAAUUCAACAAAUCUCCUCUCCUGACGGUAAAAUACACAGAUGAAAUGCACAGAUGAAAAGUGCAAGUUGAAGAAAAUACUAAGCUGUCGUUUUGAAGGAAAAAAGACAGAAGAUCAAGCGACAAAUUUGCCCUGGAUGAAUUAAUCACUGUUUUCCUCGCGGCUAGAAUCGGCUGAAGGAUAAUUGAGCGAGCGAAGAUUUAAGGUACAUUUUGUAUGUUUUUUAUAGAAGAGAAAGUCUGUUUGAAAUGUAAAUUUAUCAAUUAGCAUUGUGUUAUUGACUUUUUGGUCAAGCUGAUGCUAAAUUCAAGCAAAUAUUUUAGGAAACAUGCCCAAAUUCGAGACAGCUUUGUUGUGAAGUUUUCAUCGCUUGAUUAAAAAUUUUAGUUGAGUUUAGACGGCACAUUACGCUGGAAUAAGCGAAUUUCAUUUGAGUACAGAAACAUUUGGGUUUUCAAAUAAAUUUUUCCAAAACUGACUUCUGUGUGUAUUAUUUUGUUCCUCGGUGUUCAUUCAUAACAGUCGUUCAGAGAAUGGUCGAAAAACAACAGCUUCAGCACCGCUGUGUGUCGGCGAAUUUCAGUUUUAACUUUGACUUUCAUAGCUGCAUUUCCCCAGACAGAUUUCGAUACAAAGCUAGUUAAUUUCUUUUUAAAAUUAGUGUUACCUGUUAUUCUAAAGGAAUUACCUUCAAAUUUUCUCAUUUCUACUUUGCGUUUAUUUCAAAAAUUGUCACAUAAAUAGGAUUGAUAAUUAUUUCAUUUAUUUAGUUUUAGCUUGUUUUUUAGAGUCUUUUUAGUUGGUGUUUAUAGUUGCAGCUAUAGUUUUCCCUCGAAGUUUUUACCCUAAUAUUAAGAGCAAGCAGACAGAUGCCAUUCAGAAUAACAACGAAAAAUGUUUUGCAAUUUACCUGAAGACGGAGAACGGUUGAUUCAGCGAAAGAAAAAACUUUUAUGUUAUAAAAGAAAUGGUAAACGUUGCAGCUGUGCAACCAUGGAGUUAUGGAUGCACUUGGGAGGUUUGCUAAGCACUCAAGAAGCUAGAGUCGCACUCGGCUAUCGCCUCGUGCGACUCUUACGCUUCUUUCGUGCUUAGCAACCUCCUGCGUGCAUCCAUAACUCCAUGGUUGCACGCUGCACGUUUACCAUUUCUUAAACUUAACUACAUGUAGAUGAGUAAUUGAACAGCUACUUAUCUUUUCUCAUCCUUAUUCCGAAUAUUUUAACCUGGUGAUUUAAGAACCUACAGGCUGAAAUUUGGCAUUUAAAUACCCAAAAUAUAAGAACCUGUUCAGCCUGGCAAAAAAAAUAGAUCGUUCUAGAUACGAAAAAUUAAUCCAGUUUUGAUGGUCAAAAUUCUGGAUUGUAAUUGUGUGAGAAACUUCUGACAAAAAAAUUAUUGUGUAUAAUUAUGUUUUCUUUGAUUUACAUUUGCUUGGAUUUACACUAGAAAUAUGUUUUCCAUAAACAGUUAUGUAUUUAAUAGCAAUACAGUCAACUCUCUCUAAGACGGACACCUUUGGGACCGGCACUAAGUGUCCGUCUUAGAGGGGUGUCCAUCUUAUGGAGAGUCAAAUAAAGGGAGUAAAGAAAAGCAGGCACCAACUCUUAAGUGUCCGUUUUACAGAGGUGUCCAUCUUAUAGACAUGUCCAUUAAGAGAGAGUCAACUGUACACUAUUUCUUUCAAAUUUGGUGAACACUAACUGGUUACAUGUAUGAAGAAUUAGCUGUGGCACUUGAGCUAAUCUGGAGAAACAUACAAUGUUGAAAUGUUUGGAUGAAUAAUAAAGUCUUUUUUCCUGUGAUUUUAGAUAUGAAGAUGGAACAGUCAAACUAUGGAAGUUACAAGAUAGCCUCUGUCAAGUAACCUUCAGGUAAAUCAGUCAGUCUUUCACCAACUUUACUAUUGUCUCAAGCCUGUGAGAGUAAAAUGAUGUAGCAUUAACUUAAAAAAUGAGUCUGUAGGUCUACAAAGAAUAGAAGGGAAACCAAACAUUUUUAGAUAAGUUAGUAUUGACAGAUCUUCUUUAAAACCUGUAAAAGCUAAAUCUCUUAGGCAACCAUUUGGUACAUCUUUUUUUAUUUCUUUAAUAGCGGUCACAAGUCGGCAGUGUCUGUUCUGAGGUUUGAUGACUCUGGUGGAAGGCUUGUCUCUGGAUCAAGGGUAAUCUCAUGGCUUUUUCUUUCGAUUAUAUACCGGUAUAUAUUGAAGAGACAGAGGACUUAAUGAUAUACUUGAUGAUAUUUGUGUCCUGUAUUUUGUGUUUACCUCAGUGUAAGAACCUGCGAACUUUUUCUUUGUUUUGCACCUUUUGUUUUCCUAGGUUUCGUUGUGUUAACUUCAUUGUUUUCUUUGUUUUCCCUCACUUGUAAGUUUUUUAGGUUCUUACACUGAGGAUGAGCCUCUUCUUUUAGAUGAGUGAUGUUGAACUGUUGCUGGAAGCAUUUUAUUUGCAUCAAAUGUUCUCUUUCAAUAGUUAUUUUUCGCGAAGCCAUUAGUCUGCCUGUUAGAAAUGUCAAAAAAAUGUUAGGGAAAUCAAGGCAGUCCUUUCGAACACUUUGAUGCAAUGUGAGUGUUAGAAAUUUUCGCCUGUACAUUCAAAACAUUAUCCAACCAGUUCAAGGUGUUAAAAAAGUCAUUACAAGCCGUUUGUUAGCUGUUAGUUUUUACCUGUUAAACAGAAAACCAUUAGUGUGCAUUUUCCUGGAGAAGGUCACAUACAUGUAACAUUACGGGAUGGAGAAAUAUACAUUAAAGAUAUUGUUUAUUGUUGUUUGUAGAUCUCACUGAAUUAACCUCAUUUUUGACUGCGUGAAACAGAGUCACAUGGGGCCUUAUUUUCCAUUGGGAAGCAAGUUCAUGUACCAAAUUACUGUUAUUUUAUUCUCUCGUUUUUUCCCACUUUUCUAGGAUACCAAUGUCAUAGUUUGGGACACUGUUAAUGAGGCUGGUUUAUACCGGUAGGCAUACGCUGUACACAUGUAUGGUACAGUAUCUUGGACAAUACAAUUCAGGCUAAAAUUUAUUUGACAUAAUUCUCGGAGAAUUGCUGCAAAUUCGCUUAUCAUAGGAAAAGCACAUGUAAAUGCUUGUAAAACACAGAAAGGUUUUUGCAAACACAAUAACAAACGACGCACUUGGGCUACCAUGCCGUGUAUGCCUUGUUCUUUUGUGAGAAUAUAAUAUAGGCUCCUGGUUUUGUUAUUACUAAUUUGAUCAUUUUAAAUUUACAAAUUAGAUUUAAAGGCCACAAGGGAUUAAUAACACAGUGUUAUUUCAUGAAAAGCCAGAACAUCCUGAUCACAAGGUGUGUUUGCAAACAUGAUGACACUUAAUACCAUUUCAUCUCUAUUGCAUAUGUAAAUACUUUUUUUUUCUAAUGUUUAUUUUUUUUAAAUACUUUGUCAAUUAUGCAGUAAUUUUGUUGUCUUUUUUUCCCAGCUCUAAAGAUAGCUUUGUAAAGUUCUGGGAUCUUGAUACUCAGCAUUGUUUUCUUACUCUUGUUGGGCACAGAAGUGAGGUGAGGAGCUACAUGUGUAUAAAUGUGUCUGCAUUUGUGUGUAUUUUAUGCCUGUAUAUUCAUGCAAAACUGGAUAGGACCAGGGAAAGAUUAUGAGGGGUAGAAAUAUAGGCUUGCAUAGUGAGUUCUAUUAGUUAGGCUCACACUCGCUGGCUUGCAGAUGAUUUUUAGCUAAAUUGGAGCAGGGAAUUUUUUGUGUCGGUUUCUAUAAGGAGAGGAAGACUUUACAGUUUCAUGUUGCCAUAGCUUCAUUAAUAAUAUUAUAUUAAUGAGUUGAUAAAUAUUUUUUUCCUUGGUUGAAGGAGUAUUACAAUAGCAUGCACUCAACAAUGUAUGUUUCUGCAUAUCUCUGUCUGAAGGUGUGGGGAUUUGCUGUUGUCCAAGAUGAAACAAGGUUGGUCACUGGAUGCUCAGAUAGUGAAUUGAGAGUCUGGAAAAUAAGUUCUACUGAGAAUGACACAAGUGAAUUGACAAGAGACAUUGAAAAACAAAACAGCAAACGCAGUGCCGAGGAAGCAGGGUUACAUGAUGAAGCCCAAGAAGAUGCAGCUGAGGUAUCUAGCAAUCACCUCCUUUAACAGGAGUGUCCCUAGGCUUUUUCCAUCUUGUAAGCUUUGGUGGAGCAUAUUAAGGGGAGAUACAGUGUACAGUACAUUGUCAGCGCCUUAGAACCCAUUGGGAGUGCCGAAGGUGUGACAUGCUAGGGAGAUCCAGGGGCAUUCCCCCUGAAAAAUUUUGAAAAUUUAAGUACUCUUGAAUGCAAUCUAGUGUUAUCUACAUGCUGAAAUAUUUUGCAAAUGCGAGGAUUCCAUAUUGAACAAAAAAUAAUGGUAGAAUAUCUAAUAAAAUGUUACAGCAAGCUGUGGUUGUGGUCCAAAAAGUAAUAACUCUAUGUUGGUUGCAAACAUAUAGUGUACAAAAUGAACCUGAAAACUUGGUGGAAUUCAAAGAAAUUCGAAAGCUCUGGUCGUCUGUUUUUUUUGGCGCAAAAUUCACAAAUUACAGUUUCUACACCAAUGGCCAUAUCUCGGUAAGCAAAGCAUGCAGAUUACAUUGUAUGUUUCCAUUGCAUAUUAUAGACUUUGUCUUAGGUUGUAAGUCUCUAGUAUUUAUCUUUAUUUCAGGGAAGCCAACUGUCCUGUACACUUAUUGGCUCCAUUUUUCGUCACAGCCAUGAAAGGGUGGUAUCAGUAAUGACUGACUUAUCACAAACAUUUCUUGGCUGCCUGGUAAGUGUAAAAUUCCUGUUAGAGUCUAGCCUGUGUAGCAGGUACUGGGUUUUUGAGGGUGAAGGGAGAAAUUUUGAGGAUGCUCAUGCGUGUUCCGCUUGCGCACUCCAUAACAACCAACCAAAUGUUAAUGUUAACAGAAAUUAACAUGAACUUUUUAUAUUUGCCGAAAUUUCUUGAAGCUUUAAUUCACCAUGAUUGACUGCUUAAAAAGAUUUCUUAUAACGACCUGGACUUGCUAGCUUCUGUACGUGUCCAAGGCAGAUACAAUUUGUGUUUAUAAACACAAAACUUGAUAGUGGAUAUUCAUAUUAUAGUCAAUUGACAGCUGUCAAAAAAGGCUAUCUGCUGACCAGUGUCACGUGAUUGUAUUGCAGGCUCUUGAACCUUGUUUACCACCCCCCCCCCCUCCAAAAAAAAAAUUGCGUAACCAUUGUUUCCAAUUCCUUCUGGGUAUUACAGUCAUCCCAAGAGAAAUCGAAGACAGUGGUUAUGUAAAAUUUUGGGGGUAAACAAGGUGCAUUAUGGUCUAUGUGACAAUGGUGAAUUGAAUGAAUGAAUGGUGAUGUGUUUUGUAAAGUUAUCCACAGACCAGUUAUUGGUUUUCAAUUGAUCAUGGGCGCGGUUCCAAAAUUUCCCAUUGUCAAAGAAACUGUGUCUUGCAUGUGGUUUCGAUGGCAUCGCCAGGUUCAUUUUGCUUCAGUGAACACAACCUUGAAUGACCUCUUAUGCGCAGAUGUUGAAAAUUACUUCCUGUGUUUUUGAUUGUAUUCAUUUUAAGAAUAACGGUAAAGGCAUAUAAUAAAUAACUUUUUAACCUCGUCUGUUCGGUCAUUGCAGGGAAAUCUCAGACCUCAGCCUUGUAUCUGUCAAUACAUCAAGGCCUCAGUCUGAGAUUUCCCUGUUAUGACCUCACUCUUGGUUAAUAAUGUACAUGUAUAGUUAAUCCGGUAAACCUGGCCUAUGCGAGGAAUUUUUCUUUAGUGACAUAUAGCAUGUUUGAACGUGGGAAAUCUAUAAUAUUAUUGACAGGUUAUGGCUAUUAUUAACAAUUUAUACACACCCUAUUAUGCUUUCCUAGUGUUUGAAAUAAUUUUGUAUAGUUUACAUUUAUAUUUCUUUUGCCACCUUCUAGGGAAAUGAUUCCCAGCUGGAAUUGUUCAAAAUUUUGAAUGAUGAAGAAAUCCAUAAGCACUUACAAAAGAAACUGAAAAAGCUAAGGUUUGCAUUUGAGUGCCUUAAAUAAAUAUUUGAAUGUACAUAUUCACAUUACACAGUACACAAUGUUUGUAUGAUUUAACCUUUUCAACAAUUUGCGGCUCUGUGAAAAUCCAUAGUAAUAAUGUGUAUGGCUUCUGUAAGCUCCCUUAUUAAAUUUCUGUGUUAAGUAAUCAUGAACAGAGAGAAGUGUGUUUAUACUUAUUAAACAAAAUAUUAAUUUGUUCUUUAACUAGAAAAAAGGCGAAAAAAGAAGAUGCAAAGCAGGUACUAUUUAUGUUGAUGGUUUUAAGUUUAUUCUUGUUGUAAAUUGAAAACUAGCAAGUACAUGUAACUAAUAAUGUUCUACUGUUUCUUAUCAAUGUGUCAUCAGACAAAUGUUAAUUUUCUGGGUAAAAUGUUUCAUUCAAACAAUUUAUGUUUUCAGGGUUUUUUUUUGUGACUUUGGCUUUACUACCAUUAUCUAAGGCACAGAAAAACAAAUUGAACCUAGUCUAAAAAUUUUAAAAGAAAAAAACGAGAGGUUUUCCCACAGUCAUCAUGACAGUGUAACGAAGAAAGCUCCAAUGAUUGUACUAAUUAGAACUUCAAGGAAUAUGAAGUUUGGUAGCUCAGGUUGUUAACUGCAAUGAAAGUACAUGUACAAGGCAUGUCACUUUUAGUUGUGUCUUUUCUUCUGAAUUCUUCAUUAAGUAUAAAUCUAUUGUUUUUGCUUUACAUAAAUGUUGUGAUUGGUUUGAUGUUUUUGAUGGGUAGAACACGGACACAGAACCAGAAGUUACAAGAACUGUAGAUGAUGAAAUACAAAGAGUACAUUCUUUGAAACUACGCUCAAAGAUCAAGUAAGAAUAAUAUUGAACACCAUAUUGUGAGAUAAGCAAGGUUUGUGAGGAAUUUAAAAAGGCAAAAUAAACAAAGCAAUAACAUUAUACAUUGUAUCCUAAAACAGGCAUCAUUACGUCAUUUUUCUGCAGUAAUUUUUUGUGUCCCUGAAAUAAUGAAUAAUUAUAUCGAAACAUGUACCUCACAGAAAGUCAUUGACAAUUCAAUCCAGAAUUUCUCUGUCCUCUCAGAAACUCUUAUAUUAUAUCAAUAUUUCCUUAACGUCAGAAAGAAACAAUUGAACUCUUUGCUGGGUAAUGGCCUGACUACUGGAGCUAAAGCUAAUGAAUUUAUUAUAUCUAUUUUGAAAUCACUGGUGAUCCCUGUAAUCUAAUUGGCUCUCAGCAGUGUGAUUUACUCACGAAUCAUACUAUUUGUUGUAAAUCACCUCUUCUCUAAAUUGCAUCAUUAAUGUUCUAAAUCACGUCAUUUCUGUUUUAUAUUGCACCAAUUUUUGCUCUAUAUUGCCAUCAUUUCUGUUUCAGGUACAAAAUGAGAUUUAAAAGCCUUUUUGUUUCUGCUUUUCAACAAACCAGCUACUUGUUCAAAUAAAUAUUGGUACUGACUGAAUUCUGCGAUUUCAAAAUGGCUGUAAUAAAAUGGUAAUUGGACUUUGUGUUGUGCAAUUUUGGUCUGAAAUCAUACUUGUGAUUUCAAAUCAAACGUGUGAUUUUAAAAUCAAGCGUAUGAUUUCAGACCAAACUGCACUCCACUCAGUUCAAUUACCAUGAUUAUUAAUCACUGGUUUUAUUAUUAUAGAUCUUUUGACUUGCAUUAUGACAAGGCUGGUGAGUUGAAGGUAAUUGUUGGUCAUUUUUUCUAGUAAAGGUAAUGUAUCGUUUGUUUCACUGUCAGUUCCUCUGUACUCAAUACAAUGAAGCGUGGAGAAAUUAAAAGCAUAGAUUUCGUGCUUUACAAAAUGUAUUUGUUAUAUGUCAAACAUGUGAAAUACAUGUUUAGCCAUUCUCUAAAGAUCCAGGGUUGAGUUGCUGCUGCCACUUUGUAAUUAAUAUUAUUUAAGAUUAUUUCUGAUUAUUUCUGAGGAUUGUAUCUAGAAAGAUAUUGUCUCAUUUACAAAGUUACUGAAAACUCUGGACUUGAGAUUUUUCAAAAGAUUUAUGUCAUGGACAACUGUAGAUGUCUGUUCGAGUGGUAGAAAAUAAAACAAGCUCAAACUGUCCAUCAUUUUGUGAUUUUCCUUGUCUUAACACAGGUGCUGUUAUCACUUCAAAAUAAUUCCAUCCAGUUUCAUUCAGUAACCCUUAAGCCAGUGGAUUCAUCUUGUGUGUCUUCUGUAACACUUCCUGGUCACAGAUCAGAUAUCAGGUGUGUAUGGUCUUCUCUGCAAUUGUGGACAUGUCUGGGGAAAACGUUUCAUUUGUGGCGCUUUUUUCAGAUCACACAUGCCCAAGCAGUAACCCUCCCUCAGGGUUUGAGCUAGGAUUUGAUCACUAGGGGACAAUUUGUCCCCUUGGCUAAAAUUUUGGGGGACAUUUUCAUUUUUAGGGGGACAGAAAUUUGUACACCCUUCCUUCUUAGCAGGGCUUCUGAUAGGUCUCGGACGAAAAAGUCAAAUUUCGCGGGAUUUUUAGGGACAAAUUCGCGGAAAAAUCGGCCGAUUUCGCGGGACUUUUCGGGGCAAACUUCACCGAAAAGCAAUCGGUAAAAAACGGCCGAUUUUGUGGUUAUUUUCAAGGCAAAUUUCGCUAGAAAUCGAUCGGUUUUGCGCUGAUCAGACCAGCCUUUUUAACGUUUUUCUAACAGAGGUCAUCAUUUGCUCUUUCAACAACAAUACGCUCCAGAAAUGAACCAAUGGCAAAGCCUUUAACAUGAUGGCUAGUGCCCAGUUUUUCGCAACCUAAUCUGUUUGCACGUUUCAAUGACAAAGUUCCAAGAUAAAUUUGCAAGUUUACGGCAAGUAAAUAGCCCCUAUAGCUGAAAUAAGUUUCAAAUAUGUUGUACAGACAUGUAUUUGAGAAGAUUUCUACCAAAUUUCGCGGUAUUUUUCGUGUUUUUGUGAAUUUUGCGGCUCCGCGACCGCGCGAAAAAUCAGAAGCCCUGUCUUAGAUUUCCGACAAAAAUAUCAGUAGAGCGUGACUGAAACGUAACUUUGGAAUGAACUUUAAAGGUGCGAUUAAAUAUACUCGCUUUCCACGUUCUGUUUCAGCUUGCAACUUCUGUACCGAAAUAAAUCUCUUCGUGUGUGCUUCCUUUCGAGUUUUUUCCUUAAAUUUUGAAGGGGACAAAUUGUCCUCUUGGCCGUUUUUUAAAGGGACAAUUCCAAUUGCAGUGCGGGAUUGGCGCAAUGGCGCGGCCUGGCUCAAACCCUGCUCCCUCCAUCCCACAAACAACAUUGGAUGCAUGUAUCCAGAAUUUUCCCAACUUUCAACAAUGCGUAUGGUGGGGUGCAAGAUAUUUUUGAAAAAGUUGCACUGUUUUAUGAGGGCACCCAGAAAUUACAGAAAAUUAUGAAUAAUGCAUCACUGCCGGGUAGGACUUUUGUCCACGAUUGUAGUUCUUAAUAGGUAACAGUAUUAAAAGGAAUCAAACCUGUAUUUUUUACAUUAUGAAUACAUUACAUGUAGGCCAUUUACAAGAUUAGUUCCAAAAACACUGACUUUCAAAACAAGGCAAAGUUCAUUUUUUGCACUUACCCUCAAUUUGAGAAGAAGGCUAGGAGCAACUUGAGAAUGGCAGUCUUAGUACAUUCUUUUCAUUUCUGUUUGACCAUGUUAAGUACUCUCAAAAAUACUGUAGAAUUAUGUUUUAUUUGGAAAGUCCAUUAAUACAAUACCUGUAAGUUUUCAUUGCACACCCUCCUAUACUGCUACAGUAAAAUAACCCCCUGGUGCUGCUGCUCGUAAGUUCAAGGAGCUUGGUCAAUUUUUGGAGUUAUUGUUUUGCAAAUGAUAGUUAUCUUGAAAUUAAACACAAAAUGUCUGUUUCCUGAGAAAGGAAAACUUAGAAGAUGACUAAGCCUGUAAGGAGAUAAGUGUGGAUUGAGGCACCUUGAUAUUUUUCUCCUGAUGGUUAUGAACUGCGAUGAGAAACCACUCAAACUCUACAAUUCAGACGUUUUAGCACUCUAAGCCCCAAUGCAAUGGAUAGCAAGAUUGGGAUAGAACACUCUAAAACGGUUUUCUUCACACACAAGGACUUGUACCAUAGUAUUCUGUAACAACAGCGUAUGUAUGUUACUUUAAACCCUUUAAACCAAAUGGAGUUUUGUUGUUGUUGUGGUUGUUUAAUUUUUGUUUUUUGUUUUUGCAGAACUCUCUGCUUUAACUCUGAUGGCUCCUGUUUCAUGUCUGGUGCCCAGGAAUCAAUUAAAAUAUGGAACAGGUAAAUCCCUAAAACAUGAUUAUUUGAUUUUAUCAGCUAUCUUUUCUGUUACAGUACAUUAAAACCUAAACAUGUCUUUCAUCCCUCUGGCAAUUGUUAGUUUGCCCUAGACCUAGCCUGUUCCAGGCUCUGGGAUAGUCAGGUGAAUUGAGAAAGAGCAAACAUGAAAUCCCCCCUUCCUUUUUCCUUUUUCCCACCACGCCAACUUUUCGCAUCCCUUUCACUUUCGCAUCUUCCCCACUAUCUGAGAGUCUGGAACUGGCUACCCUAGACCUGUCAUAGCACUUACAGUAAAGGGUAAAAGCAAGAUAAAAGGAACACAUAAGCACAAGUACUACCCUAGGUUUUCAAUAAGAUGUGAAGUAGACUGCUGUGACCUCAGAUUUAUCCAGAAGGAGGCAUGCCCCACCCCUGCCCAGAAAAAAAAUGUUAACUACAGGCCUGGAAAAGCAAUUUAUAGCCCUCUGGACAUGAAAUUGAGUGGAUGUGUGACAGCCAAAACAGUUAAAAUUUAAUCUAUCAGGCAGAUUUUAAUAGCACGUUUUAUCUUUUUGAGAUUGAAGUCAUUGCUUCCAGAUGCACACAGCAUCCAUCAACAUUAUGAGUACUUUGGUGUAACUGGUCCUUCUUCUUUACUGACGGGCUGAUUUGGCUAUUUCAACCCUAUGUAACCAGGACAUCACUGUCUAUUAUUUGUGACACCUUACACUUCAUAACAAUUCUUGAUUUUUUUUCUUUUCAGAUCAUCACAGCAGUCAAUUAGAACGCUUACAACAGGAUAUGCACUAAGUUCUUUGUUUGUUCCUGGUGACAGACAUGUUGUUGUAGGAACUAAGGUAUGUCAGUUUAGAUGAGACAGUUUUUUACUACUUGGUCAGAGAUGAGAAAGGGCAUGCACCAGCUUCAAGUCACUCACUUUAGGUGCAGCACUGAGAGUGCUUUCCUUCCAUGUGGGUCGGGUUAAAGCCUGGUUUCACUAACGCAUAAGCAUAAGUGCAAGCACAUGCAUUUGAGAACACUAACGACAUAAGCAUGAGAAAGGGCAUGUUCGUUGUUCUUGUGCUUAUGCUUAUGUCGUAGCUUUGACUAGUGAGAAUAGAGUUGACGUAAACACAAGGAUAAGCACAAGACAUUGUCUUCGUCCGCCAUCUUGUUUAUCAUGGGGUUGAGGAGAGCUGGUAUCGAGAAUUGAGUCAAUUGUGUUAUUUUGCAUGUGCGUAUGUCUUUAUGCUUAUGCGUUAGUGAAAACCAGGCUUUAAGCCUAAAAUAAGCUGUACUGUAUAAAGUCACUUAACUGCAUUGCAUGCUUGAGCUGUGAGGGCAAAUAAUUCCUUUUUCUUUAUUUGCAAUGUAUUUGUAGGCUGGGAAACUUGAGAUAUAUGAUAUAUCAUCUGGCCAGCUUUUGGAGUCAGUUGAUGCUCAUGAUGGUCCUCUGUGGUCCCUUUCUUUAGCUUCUGACAAGGUACUUGUAAAUAAUUUUGGAAAGGUGGGAAAAUCAAAUUCUUUUCUUGUCACCCCUUUCACAGCUUGCUUAGACCGCGAGCAGUCUCUCUUUUUCUUCAGAUUUAGUGAGGGGAGUGCAUGCGUGCGAGAGCGUUGAUUCGUCGCGAGGCGCGAGAAACGAGCGUGCCUUCAGUCACGUGCGUGGUAAUUUGCGUGUCUCGCGCCUUUUUGCUCGACGGACCAAGAAAAAGAGAGACUGCUCGUAGUCUACACCUUGCUUUUUUCAUGCUAUUUGUAAAUACACAGUGUCGAAUUAACCUUUAUACUUGAUUUAACAAAUAAAGCUCCGUUCUGUUGUAAAGCACGCAGGUGGCGGCUAGAGCAAGAAAGUGUUGGGGUGGGUGGUCCGAGUUGUUGUGCAUAAAACUGUCUUGACAAUUUGUCACCAAAGUAGCCAAAUUUGCUUUUCUUGUCCAAGCCAAUUUCUUAUCACUUUCGCCGCAUGAUAUCAUUGUACAACAGUCCACCGCACUGAAAAGCUUAAUGUAGCAGUUAUUCGUACUUGCAAUGAUUGUUCCGCAUUUCCACUAAGCUAAUAUAUGCUUCUUUGUUCAGCGCGGUUUUGUUUCUGGAAGUGGUGACUCCACUGUGAAGUUCUGGGAGUUUGAACUUGUGUCUGAUGCGGAGCACUCUCAAGUCAGGUGAUCAACGUAGUCAUUGUACUCAUAUGGAGCUUAGGUCCCCUUGCAAUUAACCAACCAAAGCCACCAAUACUCCUUCAGAUUAGGUAUCUGGUUGAUAGAAACUUACACUCAUCAAUAACCCUAGCUUUUCAUCAAUCAGAUGGGUUUUUAUUAUACAUUUUAUUCAUUGGAUAAAGACAAAUGCCUAUGACGUCAUGGCGUUAAUACAUUCCACUGCACACUUUGUCUUCUGAUAUUCCGUUUCAAAAAAGUGGUUGAUUCAGUGCGCUAUAUACUACUCCUGCAAAAGGAAGGCCAGGCCUUGCAAGGCACAAGAUCCGUUCGUUGUAGCUGAUAGCCAACUAGAAUCUUUGCAUUCAUGAGGUCAUCGCUGUUAGGCUUCAGGCUUCAGUCUUAUGACAGGUCUAACGCUUGUUUUUCUUUUUGUUCUGACAACAGCAAAAGACUGAGUGUCUCUCACGUGCAGACUUUAAAGCUCAAAGAAGAAGUGCUGUGUGUUAAAUACAGGUAUUUCAUCUCAGUUAGUUUUUCUAGUGCACAAUGAGGAUGUUAAGUGUAGGUUAAUAAAUAAGGAGGAGUGAUAAAAACACAAGGCAGAGUGUUUCAGGCUUAAUAAAACAUGAUGGCUGAGUUCACAAUACAAUACAAUACUAUACAAUACUUUAUUGAAUAGUACAAUACUUUGUUUAAAGUGGCACAUUCACUUAGCUAUAUGGAUUAGUUUAAAAACUCCACCAGCAAAUUCACAGGUAUUCCACAAACUUUUAAUUCAUUGUUGCAUUCACAUAUUUAGAUUUGUAGUUAAUUUGGUCAACGAAAUUUUACCCGCGUGAAUAUCAGAUAUAAGGACACUCGUGAAUCAUUAAUUUCCUUUGUAUUUUCUUUAAGAAUUAUUUAUGAGGUUUAGAAUUUUCUUGAAACCAUUUUUUUUUUCAGCCCAAACCAAAGACUACUUGCUGUUAGCCUUCUUGACUGCACAGUUAAAAUUUUCUUUGCUGACACACUCAAGGUUUGUGUAAAAAACUAAGUCCUUUGAAAGGAAUGUAUCGUAGGUCUUGUCUUGUGUAACAAUAAUUUCUUGUUCACUCCACAGUUUUUUCUAUCACUUUAUGGUCACAAACUCCCAGUGAUGACAUUAGACAUUUCCUCGGUAAGUGUUAACUCUACUAACCAUCUUGUAUUUCUUGAAUAUCGGACGCAAUGUCCCCGUCAUCGUCAGAUUUAACAGACUAAAGAAACUGUAACUUUAAGAUAAACAUUACAUUCAGGUCAUCAUGGAUAACUUGUUGUCGCUUUUUAGGGAAAGUAGGAAAUACGAGACUCUCUUUAUCAAAGUGACAACUGGUGCAUAAUCGUUCACAUAAAAUGACUGAGUUUUGUUUGAACACGAAUAAAUAUCUGUUUUCGUUCACCAUUUUCAUAUUGCUAAUAAUGUACUAUGUUUACCCCCAAAAAAUUUUGCCCAAGUAUUGUCUUCAAUUUUGGUUGUGAGGGUUUACAAGGUGUAUGAUGUGCAGUAUGAAAUGGUGAAUAUGAAAACAAGGGCAUCAGGACUGACUUUGAAAAAGAGGCCCAAAGGUUAUUCGGAAAUGGAGAGAUACUUUUUACGAUCUACUUUAGAGGCAGCGCUAUUUCCGCAGGGGGAUUGGUUUUCUUGUACACUGCCGUAAAGAGGACUUUGGUCUAUACACGUAGUGAGUACAUGUGCGUCGUACGUAAAGUGUUGCUAUCUUUAAACACAGGAUAGUAAUCUCAUAAUCACUGGAUCAGCUGAUAAAAACAUCAAGAUAUGGGGUCUGGAUUAUGGUGACUGUCAUAAGUCUAUAUUUGGCCAUGACGACAGGUGAGUACAGUAUUAGCAGUGCAUGCCUGUGACUUUUUAUGAUAUCCCUAAAGGGGCUGCAUGUGUCACUGGUGCUGUCUAGUUCAUCUUAUUAAUAUUGCCAGUUGCACGUCCUUAUUCGCGAUGGAACUUGAGAAAUUACUCGUGAAUGGCAAAAUUUACAGGUUCUUGUUAAACAAAUGUCCCAUAAGCAUCAUAUCAAACGUUGCAAACAACAAAACUGAACUUUAAACAACUGUUAGGCUAACAAGUUUUCAAAAACUACUUAUUGUAAUCCGUUUCAAUCUUCUUCAAGUUUGUUCAUCUGUGCCUCCUUUUGUACUUGCUGUGCUAAUUAUUCCUUCUUUUCAUGUUGUGCGCAGUUAUUUUUGUUUCACUCAGUUUUGCGACAGUUCCCUAUUUGUUGUUGUAACCUUGAACCUUUUCAGUGUUGUAGACUUGCUCACGUUCACGUACACUUCACGUUCUUGUUCACGUUUAACUGACUCUAUUUUUUUUUCUUUUUUCUCUCAGUAUCAUGGGUCUUCAGGUAGGUUGCUUAUUCGAUUUUUUAUAUUUGACGUGUUUUUGAAAUCAUUUUGCUCUGGAGAGGAUAUCUGGCAAGUCAAAUGGGGACAUGUUUUUACUUCCUCGCUACGUGAAGAUUUUCUAACUCUAACCUCCCUCGGCCUUCCACCUAGCCAGGAACUUUUUGUUUCCUCUUUAAACACUCGGGAAUUCACGAAACUAGCGAGCUUACGGAACCACGGCGGAUCCCUUUGCCGUCCUCAGUCAACUACGACGCGAAAUGAUCAAAUUUUAAGUUUCCUUUAGAACGAGACUUGGUCCCGAGACAUCCAGAUUAACAGACGUCCAGGCAGUUCUCUGAUCACUUGUCACGCUGCCUUCUCAUUCUCAGCCACCUGCUCAGGGUUUCUCAUGUCUCAUUCUUUUGCAGUUUGUUCCCAAGACCCACUAUUUCUUCUCAGUGAGUAAGGACAAAACACUGAAAUACUGGGAUGCUGACAAGUUUGAGCACAUCACAACACUUCAGGUGGAGAACUGUUACAUCCUUCUCUUCUAAACCAAGCAAGAUGACAAUGUCAUACCUUUUAUAAACUGAACUAUCAAUAGUAUUAUAUUAAAGCACUGCCAAAGAAAUUACUUUAUUUAAAUGGUCACAUCACAGGAUUUCGUUGAAUCACCUGUAUUAAGCGGUCGCGGUCGCCUUUUCCGAGGUCCCAACGAAUUAUUUUUUUAUUGUCUUCACCUCUAUUAAACGGUCACUUUUGAGAAGACGUACCAUACUAGUGCAACGGAUCGCACUGUGUGUGGCGUCAAGUGUUCUUUGGCAUUUCUUCUUUUGGCCCAAGAAGAGGUAAAAUUUGUCGUGGGAUGGAUAUUUCGCUCUUUGACUGCCUUCAUUUUCUUGAAUAACUCUCACGUUUGUCAAACCUGUAUUAAGCGGUCAGUAAGCCGUUCCCAAAGGGUGACCGCUUAAAGAUGAUGUGACACGAGACGAUUCGCAACGACGAUUUUUAGUGCAAUGCAGCGUUGCAACAUUGUUGCGACAUUGUUUCGAAGAGUUACAACAUUGUUCCAGCAUUGCAAGGCUGUGUUGUGCCAAAAAUCGUCGUUGUGAAUCGUCCUUAAUACAGGUUUGACCGAGUGUAUGAAGUAUUAUAUUUCUUUUGACAGGGUCAUCAUGCUGAAGUAUGGUGUCUUGCCAUCAGCCCAGAUGGAGAUUUUGUGGUGAGUAUUUCAUUGUCAAAAAAGGCUCACGGUAACCCACCGAGGCCGGCACGGCUUUGGCUGAUCGAGUUUUUAGUUGUAUAAAGCACGUACUAAGAAAAUUUACCCUUCAAGUCCCAUUAUCCACAACUUGUUUGUUCUCAAAACCAUCUUCAUACAUUUCAUUCGGCACUGCUUGAGAGAAUUAUUUUGUUCAAACAUUAAGACAUUUCAUCCUCGGUGAUCAUUUCGUUCAGUCUCAUGAAGUGUAUGUUUGAUGAGGCGCUGUUAUUGUCAGGAGAAAGUGGAUGAGGAUCAUUAUUGGAGCUUAAAACCGUUAAUACAGUCCCUGGAUGGAAUGCUGGUCCAUCAUAGGGUUGUCACCAUUUAUUCGUAAACUUCGGUGAUAACAGAGAACAACAGAAACGAAGAAAGUUUUACAAAAGAAGAAUUCAAUUCAAGGAGAUACCUCGCUUGCCGAGUUUUACUAAGCUUUAGUGUUUUUUUUUUUUUAGGUAACUGGCUCACAUGACAGAUCUCUGAGGCUCUGGGAGAGGACAGAUGAACCAUUGUUUGUUGAAGAAGAACGAGAACAGGUUGGAUUUAUUUAUUAAUUGAGUAAAAGAGGAAGUUCUCGUAAGGGGACACGCUCGGGACGCGAAAAAGAUGUCCGUAACUGGAACUGACCACUUAUGAGACUGGUUGUCGUAAGUGGCCACUAGGGUUAAAUGGCCGCUAACGGGAGCUUACCCAGCUACAAAUAAACUUUGGAAAUGCAAAAAAAACCUGUUUAGCUAUUGUUCUGACAAUGUUGUAAUUCAGUCACAAGCAUUAAAUUCAAGUGGUGUUUGAAGUGUAACCGGACGUGUAUGUGACACGCAGCGUAGGUCUCCUCCUCUAUGUAAUUCCACAAAGAACUGUUUUUUUUUUUUGUCCAGGAACGAGAACAAGAAUAUGAAGAAAGUCUCGCACAGAACGCCGAAAAAAUAGUAAGUAACCGCAUCUCCCCAACUAACGCCGUUGAGGGUUACGCAUACAGUAGACUGUCCACAGUCCCCUAUUUUUUUUGUAUGAUCGUCAGGAUCGAGCGGUUACCGGUAAGGGCGCCCAUCUUGGUCUCAUAUGUACCGAGGGGCCGGGCGUCGGGGUUUAUGGCAGUCGGGGGAGGGAGGCGAGAAAGUAGAUUUUAAAAUAAAAAUCAUCCAAGAUGGCUGCAGUCAACGUAGUCUCCGAUCUCGACGAUCUUACGGGAAAAAAGGGGACUGUGAACAGUCUAUGUGACGAGCCAAAAGGGCAUCUGCGGAGGAGGCUAGAUCCCUGGGACUUGAUAAAUUUUCUGUUCGAUAGCAGCUGUAUUUGUACGUGUACGAAAACUGCAUUCCAUAAACACGAGGUAGCAGCCCUACAUACUGUUAAAAACUGAGUGAAUGGAGAACACUUUAACAAGAUCCAUCAUUUCACGCAUGGAUUUCACGCCGUGGAUUCCGGAUUCAGGGUACUGGAUUCCUUCUCUGUCAGUGGAACUUGGAUUCCGGAUUCCUAUCCGGAUUCCAAAGCCCAGAAUUCCGAAGUCCCCAACCAAACAUUUCUCGGAUUCCGGAAUCCGGAUUCCUUCACACGGGGCAAUGUCUUGUCUUAUUGGAUUUUCCUUAUUUUCUUGUCGUUAGAUUCCAGGCGAAACAGACGCAGAAGCUGUCAAGGCUGGCAAAACAACAAUGGAAACCGUUAAGGCGGUAGGAAUGCAGAAUGAGAUGGACUUGUUAUUUAAUAUGUCCCACUAAAUUCCCGUUCUGUUACAAUCUUGCCAUGUAAGAUUCUGACUGGCAAUAUGACCGAAAUAAUGAAUAUAUGAAUGUCAUAUAUUUGACUCUGGCAUGAAGAAUUUUUUGCAGAGAAGAUCCAUCUCAUCUUCGUCUUCCCCGAGUAUAUUACGUACCAAAUUUAAUGACCAGCUCCCGGUUGGUUUGCAAGCUUAAAUUGUUAGAGCGCUGCGAUGCACCGGUUUCGCAGAGGUCUGGUUUGAAAUCCCGGCAUGCCUGAAUUUUUUCCGGCUUUAUUUUGGCAACUCCAUAAGUUGCCUAUUUAACUGUUAUCUUCUCUGCAUUUCAUGUUACCGAACUUCCAAGCUUCGCAUCCAGUUCUAGUUAUUACACACUCGUUCCAAUUGCUAAUCCUAAGGGUGUGUUUCGCAUCUCGCCGUUACACUCUCUCAAUAUUACAGACAAUGGCCUUGGUUCCGAAGGUCUCUGAUAGUACUAAAGACUACUGAGGAGAGUGACAAAGUUCAACAUUUCAUUUUGUAAAAUGCAUAAAGGCAAAUAGUACCAAGUUAAAGUUCCCGUGAGGAGGUUUCAUAUGAAUGGUAACAACAUAGGAUUGUCACCACAGAUUUAACAGUGAGAACCACCUUACUUAACUCAGUCAUUCACGCUGGGUAUCAAAGGGUCAAUGAUGCCAAGAGGAGUAUUGACGGCCAUGUAAACGUCUCUCUUAAUUAAAAGUGUAUAAUGAUAACGAUGCUAUUCUUUUUAUCAUAGUUCUCUACGACUUGCUGUAAAAUGCACCAAACUUUGUGUUUUCUCUUAGGCGGAGAGGUUAAUGGAAGCCAUUGAGCUUUACAAAGAAGAAACAAUGAAGGCAGAUGAAUUAAAAGCCAGUGGAAGGAAGCAGGUAUUUUGUUAUAGUGAUUAUCAUUUACAGUAACUGUUUGCAGAGGUCUUAAUUUUUCUAUCGCUUAAUGUUAACAUACUUAAGAACUGCUCUUCUAAUACAGAAUCGAUCUAAGAACAGUGUAACACAUGUGAAAAUGCGCAUUUUUCCCUCUUUGUAGGUGCCGUCAAAUAACCCAGUCCUUAUCGCAUAUGGAAAUAUAUCGGUAAGAAUGUUGUACAACAUUUAUUUUAAAAGAACAACGAUCCUGAUUGCGGUGGACAGACCGCCCUCUAAGUUAGAAUGAUAAAAAUCGACAGUGCAUUGCGGCCAUUUUCUAUCACAAAUUUAUCUCGUUUUCACGCAAGCUACUAGCCUCAUUUUCACGUUAAACCAUGUGACAUCACAUUAGUUCUCGUGUUCUCCUGUCUUAAUUUCCUUAAGGGCCAGUCUGAACUAAUGAUCCUUCACAACUCUUCUUCUUUGCUUUUGUUCUUUCUAGCCUGUUCGUUAUGUUCUCGAAGUCUUGAAGAAGAUUCGUUCAAGGUAUUGUAUCUGUUUUUUUUUGGCAGUCGGUUAUGGUCCUUAAAAAUAAAAAAUUAAGUUGGCUAGAAAUUCUCUAAUUUUUCGCUGACUGAAGCUUUCUGGAACCAUGUCUGUUCUCACUUUCUUUACAGCUAUAAUUUAUUCACGUUUCAGUGUUUUCGUUGGGAAAACCUUAAUAACAGAAGUAGAUUCGUUGAAGUGGUUGUGGAAUAGAAUGCACGCGUAGAGCGAGCGUCAAAACGUUGACUUGGCGCCUUGUGAACAGUGACUUAACUUGCGGGAGAAAGCAAAACGACUGUUUCCAACACGAAGGGGUGUGCUGUUGUUGUUUUUUAUGGAAAUGUCGUGGAUCACGACGUGUCAGAGACAAACGUGGAGCGCAGAAACGUAGAAAAUCUUCCCUUCAUCUCGCGCCCGACUUGUUUUCCGUUUGGCGCUUGACUAAAAAACGCCUAGACAAGGGGGAGUCCUCUCGCCUUCUUAUGCGCACAAUUUUCCGGCCCAGUGCGGCCCUCGCUGUUAUUAGUGCCUCAGCUUGGCCUGUCUUCUACCGUGUGGAAAGAGGAUAUUAAUGUACAAAUUGUUGGAUUCAUUUUCUUCCCUCGCAAGUUUGAAUUUCUAUGACUUAAUUUGGUAAAGUUUCGUACGUUGAAAUCAUAAUGACAUUAAAUUAUAAGCUUCCUUUUAUUUUUACAGUGAAUUAGACGAGGCUCUCAUAGUUCUCCCCUUCAGUGUUGUGACUGAUAUGAUGACUUUAAUUAAUCACUGGCUACAGGUAAUUACGAAAUUACAAUAGGCCCCUUUCAAAAAUACCAUAAUAGUGUCCCUCCAAAAUUCUGAAUAAUCAUCAAGGUGCAAAGAAAAUCGUUUUUACAGCUUGCCCUUCGGGCAAGCUGAAGCUAGCAUUUACUAGCCCAGACAUCAUUUCAACUAGCCCCAAAAACGUUUUGCUCUUCUGUUAUUCAAAUUCAUCAUAAAACAUCACUUGCCCGUCGGGCAAGUUAAAAACAGAAUUCACUAGCCCGAUAGCAAAAUCCACUAGCCCCGGGCUAUCGGACAGUACUUUCUUUGCAGGCUGAUCAUUGUUUUCAAUUUCUCUUGGGGCGACUGUAAGUCCAAGAAAAAUUGAAAACAAUGCUUACGCAAACGUUUGGAGGGACAACAAAGAGUAUUAUGGUAUUUUUGAAAAAGGCCUAUACUUUCCGGGGCAACAAUCUCCAACACAAGUCUUCUCAAUUUUUAGUACAGAGAGAGUCAGCGUAUUAAGAGGGUUUCAUCCUCUUUCUUAUUUUUCGAAAGGGCAAUAUCUAUUUUAAAACGUCUUUUGAUCGCGAAAAAAAAUUGCUUCUAAUUCCUUUGCAGGAAAUCGAUGCGCAAUACCAUUCCACAUUCAUCUUGAAAAUGUCUUGAAAGAUUGUCAAGAAUUGUUCUCUCUCAUAAUACUUAAUCGAGAGUGUGCAAGAAUAACUUUUUUCCUGUCGUUUUAACUGUAUGGCUAGUGUAUCACCCCUUUAUCGAAGUCCAUUUUCAGUCCAGAAUUGCUCGCAAUCCAUACUCAUUCGCGACCCAUACCCGUAAAGCUCAUUAAGUAGUGUACAAGAUUAGCUUAGUCGGUAGAGUGCUGGACUGCAGAGCGGGAGGUCGCGGGCUCAAUAAUGAACCAAUACUCAGGGUCAUAAAGUAACUGAGAAAUGAAGGUACUGCCUUUGCCCUGCAAGCGGCCAGAUCCGCUUCGAUUGUUAAUCUAUGCGUGCAAAAAUCAUCAAACAUUAUUGUGGUUAGUACUCCCUGAUGAAAUUUGUUUGACAUCUUCUCCAUAACUCUACAGGAGCAUUUUGUAUACAGUAAAAAUCCGCGAGUAAGAACCUGGAAAUUAAGAACCUCCCUAUAAACAAUAACCUGUUUAGCACAGAAAAUGGAAAAUAGUUCUUAUUUUUUAAAAUCAUAUUAGUGAAAUGCAGCUGCAAAGCUGUGCAAGAAUCCUGUAUUAUAAUGUUUGUUAAUGUUCUUGAGAGUGGUGGUGCUGGUCAUGGAGGGGGGGUGGGGAUGAUUGAAAAAUAGACUUAUUACCAUCUUGCUUUGUAGCUUGUUUUUUAUUAUUAAGAUUUUUCUUUUUAUUUAUUUUUUUUUUACAGAAAUAAGAACCUAUUUAAGAACUUAAAUAGCCUAAAAUUGUGUUAACUACCAUUUAAAUAAGAACCUGUUUAGGCUGACUCCAGAAAAUGUAGGUUCUUACUCACUCGCGGGUUCGUGCUGUAUGAGUAAAGGCACUAAGUGAUAAUUUUAGCCCAGAAUUGACCCGAAACAGCAAUGUCCUCGUGGUAUUGUCCCUUUAGCUCCAAGCGUCUAAUCAUUUUUUUGGUUUUAAUUCAUGUAGAGUGGCUGGGAAGUGGAGCUGUCCUGUAGAUGCCUUUCAUUUCUAUUGCGGUGAGUAAAUUCCAGACAAGUGCGAGCAGAUCUAUGUGAUGGUUGCGAUGGAGCGCUGUUACAUCGAUGAUCGUAAAUUGAAUGUUAAAGUGUUUAGCCGAUUCUGAUUUAAGUAGGCAAUGGCAAUUUAAAAAACCAGUCGCAAGUAAAAGAAAAUUCAUUUGGCAGGCGUUAGGCGCAUAAAAAUGUUAAUGAACAAGUCAUAGUUGAUAUGUGGGUUUACUUCAAGUAGGUUAAGAAAGUCGCGCUAGUUUGGAAAACAAUAAAAAUGUGUAACGAUGCAAAACUGCAGACUACAGUAUGCCAUACGGUCACCUUGUUGUUAGUGCCACUUUGGUUUGUUCUCGUGGCAAAAAUAUAAACUUGUUGAUGUGGCCUCGCCACAUGUAGUUGUCUUUAUUCAUUCAACUCUUCAUUACGGUCACUCCAACCAAGAGUUCAUUAUAAUGAAAGGUGCCAAGGGAAAGUAGGUUUUGAUGAGCGAUAGCGUUAUUCUUUUGUGGCUGCCUAUGAAAUGUCACUGUUCACUUGGAAAUUAGCCAUUUUUCUUCACAAAUUUAGUAAUGUAGUUGCACCUCUGCAAUAUUAAACGAGAAAUAAUACGGCCAAAUUUUACUGUAAUAAAAUUCAACACUCGAGUGAAACAGAAAUUUAACAAAUGCCCGGGGGUAAUCAACAAAGUUUUAUAUGGGGAGGCUCCGCCCUGAAGCCCAACUCCUUUAUAUAUAUACCCCACCUUUUUAUGUACGAUGUUUGUCAGUAAAGGUACACCUUUCAUAUUCCUAGUUUAGAACUUUGCAGCCCUUUUAACUGCUGAAAAUGCAUUGUCUUUAAAAAUAAAGGAUUAAAUUAACUGCAAAAACCGUGGACGAAGAUCCUGCUGGUUGUAAACGUUGGAUCUCUAGAAAAGAGAUCAAAUCAGCCAAAAUAUAAAGAACCAAGAACGAGAAGUCCAAAUACUACUGCAAAGCUGAUUCAGAACAACGUGUAUUGUUUUUUCAUAACAAUAUUUCGGCUCGCCAUACUUACUGUCUUUAAACUAUGAAUAAGUCACAAAACCAGAAAGUUUUCCCGACUUUCCCAUGGCCAGAAAAUGCGUCUGAUAGCCCUAUCAGAUCGUAACGACAGAUUGUGCAACCCUUUCAUGUAUUUCAACUAGUGAAAUCGCUACCCUUUCAUAUGCCUGAAGCCUGAAAGAGGUACUCCUUUGGGCGGAGCCUCCCCGUAUAGGCCGUUAUAGGGAGUACUCCCAUCCUCGGUACAAAUGUGGAUACACCAAUUAAAGACUCCAUCACUCCAUAUCAGUUGCUUUUCUUUCAUUUUACAGGAUUCAUCACAAUCAAAUCGUCGUAAACAAAGUUCUUGUUCCAGUGAUUGAUUCUCUUCGCGAACACGCUAAAGCUCGUGUCCACCAGUUAAGGGUUAGUACGUCCUCUUUGUAUUCUUUCUUCUUUUAUCCCUUUGUAUCUUUGAACCUCUUGACUCCUCGAAUGACCAACUCAAAAUUCAAAACAAUCCAACUUGUGGUUUUAAAACAUACUUUCCUGAUCCCAAACUACUGGUCAUCUCAAAUGGUAGCAUCCUCGAAGUUGGUCCACGGAAUCAAGUGCUACAACCACCUUGAAAGGGUUGCGUUUGAGAACAUGUUGUGUACUCACAAUUUUGUCAUCUUUACAUUGCUUGCAAAGAGCUGAAAAUUGCACAAAUUGCUCAAAUUACCAAACUGUUUCAACUUUUGAAUAAAACAAACAAAAAACAAAAAAACAAAUUUUAUUGAAAAUUGGAAAAUAACUAAUUACAUUACUUUCCCACCCGCAAAUAGCUUAUGAACUAAUCGAGGCGGGGGGAGCUGAAGACAUAUUACAAAACAAGAAUUAUAUAUAGAUGGACUAAAUAACAGUGAAGACACUACAAUACAGUAAAUAGAGUUUAAACUAACAUAAAACAAAAAACAAAAAACAAGGCAUGUACAUAACGAUUACGAAGAGAGGUUAACUAAAGUAUUAAAUAACUUAAUAAGACGGGAGACUUCGACAUAAUCAUCUUCUGACCGCAAAAAAUUUAGUAAUAAUUCCUUUAUUUUUUUACGAAAGGACGAACGUUUAAGUAUUUUAGUCGAAUACGGAAUAGAGUUCCAAAUUUGGGCACCGAUUCUCGUGAAAAAGGCAUACAUUUUAUCGGUUCUAGAGAACUUAACAUAAAACGAGUCGCUAGAGACAGAUCUUGUUCUGUAGUUAUGAUCUUGUUCUGUAGUUAUGAAUUCAAUUUGUGCAUACAGUAGCCCUAUUAUCAGGCCUUCCUGAGGGUCCAGGGAAGAGGAGAUUUUCAGCCGAUUGGUAGGAAGAAGGAUUUGAUUAGGUUGUAUCGAGGGGCUCUUGUUAGCGGUUUUGUAAACGUUUUGGUUUACUUUAACAAAUUAGCGUGUAAUUUUUAAAGCACUCGAUAGAUUUUGUAAUAAAAUAUGAUAAAAUCUUUUGUUAUCACCCUUGUGACUGUUGUCAAUUCAAGUGAAAUUGUGAAAAAAGUGAAAUUUUAUUCUCUAACUGGUUUUGGGGGGUAAUCUUCAAGGAGUGAUAAAAUUAAGGGGGGAAGAGCUGGACGCCAUGCUGUUAAAUGCAGAAAAGGAAAUAAAAAACAAAACGAAAUUCUAUUUACCUAUUAAUUUAUUUACUUCGCAACAGGGCGUGUUAAAUUUUUUACUCUUUGGUGUUCAAAGGGCAGCAGUCAUGAAAAAGGCAAUAGAACAAAAACGCAAGUGCUCCCCCUUGGAGGACGUGAAACUAUUUUACGUUCUAUGAUGUAGAAAUUUCCCCCAAAAGUGCGCUCUUAUUAGCUACCUCGAGGUCUCUUGACAGUUGACAGUGAACUGAUUAAAGCCAAAAGUCUUUGACUGUGUACCAGUCAGACGCUGUGUUGACUCUUUGUUUCCAUAUUUGGUCUACUAAUAGCUUUCCUUGGAUUGGAUUGCCUGUGAAAUGUAUUCCCUCGAGAGUAGUUGUUAGUGUUCAUUUUUAUUUUCUUGUUUCUUGCAGGACAAUAUUGGGUUUAACUUAGCCGGUUUGCAUUUUAUUCAAAACGAAAUGGAAGCCAAACAAGAGACAUUUUUUGCCGACGCGACCGAAAAAGUGAAAAAAAUUCGAAAGAAACACAAAUCUGCUGUCGUUCAAGUUGUGAAGUGAGUUUGACGCUCCAUUGAGAUUCUUCUACCCUGGGUGCCAGAGACUUUUCUCGUGGCUUCGGCCUACGGCCGAAGAUGUGUCGGCCUUCGGCCAACACCGAAAAUUCCCGCCGCACGCGAGAAAAACCUCUGGUACCCAGGGUAAGAUUCUUCUGACAGCAAUAUCUGUUCGUUUGCUUCGUUUCUUCGUUGACCCGUUUCGUUCCUCGGUCCUGCAUUUUGCUACAUCGGUGAAACCAACUCUGACGUGGGACAUAAGGAAGAAAAACGAGUUUGGCAAGGCAAAUAGAGAGGACUACGACCAUAACCUGUAGCAUUCUCUUCAACGACACUACUCUUUUUGGCAUUUGUUAGCGGAAAUUAAACGAGACUUGUGUAAGGAAUAUCCAUACGGGUGAACAAGAAAAGUUUUGUUUUUCCGUCUCCCUCCAACAUUGCUAGCAGGAAAACAUUCCGCCUGGCGGCUCUUUGUUCGUCCCUGUCAGCCCACUGUGGAACAAUAGUUUUGUUGUGGGGGCAAUAAAUGUCUUUCCAGUGGAAACUGCUACAUUCAUUCUCCUAGCAGUGUCCUCCAUUCUUCAUUUUCAAAGUGGAUUUCUUGAUGUGCUAGGAAAUAGAAGAAGAAAGGUUCUCUGAGCUGACGGUACAGUAACAGAACGUUCAAUGACAUUACCGCUUCUUAUCAUUUUGAUCUUAUCGACAAAUAAAAACGUCGCACUAAUUUAUUUAGUCAUAAUUUGUGAACAGAAGACAAAGUCGCGCUCCGUUAUGGAGCUUCUAACAAACUGCAG